AUGAAGGACCAGGGUCCUGGGCGCGAUGUUACACACGGGCCUUUUCCAACAGGCAUGCUCUUUGAGAAACCGGGGGCAUGCACCAUCACCCCUGUUUCCUCUGGGGUCAGCCGGCUGGCGGCGGCUGCCUUUACGUGCUUUGCACGUGGGCGGACUCGUUUCAUGGUCUGCAGGACCAGUAGCCUGAAAAUGAGUUUCUCUCAGGAUCCGAUGGAAGUAGCCUUCCUUGAGGACUUCGAGAAGCAAAGCCAAAAGACGCUGCGCCUGGCGCUCAUCUCGAGCGCGCUCAUUAUCUCGGUGUACAUUAGCAUUGACUUUCUUUCCUUGAAGAGCAAAAAGAUGUUUCACCAAGUCCUCGUGGCCAGAUGCAUCCUCUGCACUUUCUGCUUCAUUGCGUACGUGGCCUCCUACUUCCCGCUCUUCGGUUGGAAGAACUGGCAGCCGUUCACAUUCUUUUGCUGCUUCAGCAUUUCCGUCGGAUCGAGCAUGCUGCCAGCCGUGUUCAGCAGGGUGGCAGGUUUCCUGGCCCUCUUCCUGGCUCUCAGCUUGACGUCGGGCUUUAUCAGACUCCGCACGUCAUACGCGUGCCUCAUUCUUAUUACUACCAUCUCCGUAUACACGAUUGCCGGUCAUUUUGUCCAACGGCGAGGUACCCUAGUCGACCAGAUGCACAGUACCGACGAAAAGGCUUUUGUGUCCCCUGCGACAGUGCUCAUGGCCCUAGUAGCGGCUUGGCUCAUGUGGUCGUCCUACCUGUUUGAGUGCUACGCUCGGAAACAGUUCCUAAUCCGCUGGGAGCUCAAAAGCACGGAGAAGUCCAACUCUGCAGCAGAUCAAGCCUAUGACGCGAAGGAAGCGAAAUCUGCCUUCAUGUCAAACAUGAGUCACGAGAUUCGGCAUCCGAUCAUCGGGAUUCUAAGCUGUGCUGAGCUCCUAGAUACCACGGAGCUGACGUCAGAACAGCGGGAAUCGGCAGCUAUCAUGAAGAAGGCUGCAGAGGACUUGCUCAGUCUCAUCAACGACGUGCUAGAGUGGAGCAAGCUGGAGGCCGGUUGCUUCAGGCUGAAUCUCAGGGGCUUUGACCUCCUCGAGCUGAUUGAGGAUACAGCAGACAUGGUGGCACCAUCUGCGUUUGCAAAGGGUUUGGAGUUGGUGACAAUCAUGCAAAGCUGGACGAAGAGAGCCGUCGUCGGGGAUCCACUGGUGGUGCAGGGCAUUUUGAUUAACUUGCUGGACAACGCGGUAAAGUUUACCAAGGCUGGAGGCCUCGCUUUGGUCGUCGAGGAGAAAUCCGGGCCAAUCGCGCGUGACGCACUUGUCAUCCGCUUCUCCUGCGUUGACACGGGUAGAGGAAUACCUGAAGACAAGCUAAGGGUGCUGUUUCGAGAAUUCUCCCAGGUCGACAUGCGGUUCUCCAGGGAGAUCGAAGGUCUCGGAUUGGGCCUCGCGCUUGUGCUCGGAUUUGUAGACAUCUUGGACGGUCAACUGGGCGUGUCGACCAAUUCCAAAGCACAGCCACAUGUUCCUACUGGCUCCAUCUUCUGGUUUGAAGUGCCGUUCCGGGCAUCGACCUCCGGGCCCGUUGUUCGUUCCGACGAGAAGUUGCGGAAGUCGUCACCGCGGGCGCCGGUUUGCGUGUUGUGCGUCUCGCCGAGUAUGCUCGUGAGGGAGAUGCUCAAAAACAACCUGGAGCCCGACGCCGGAAAUGGUUGGGAAAUCAUGGUUGGGAGUUCGCUAGGCGAGGUGAUUGAUAGCAGCGAUUAUAAGCAACAGGAGUGGUCGGCGGCCGUCGUAGUCACGCAACGCGUCGAGGAUUACGGAGAGCUGAAAGGGCGGGUUGAAACGAGUCUGAGAGAGAAAGUGCGAUGGUUGCUGCUCACUAAGCAGGAGCAGAAGAAGCCCAACGGCUUUUGGGGGGUCAUUGAGCAGCCGGUCCGGAGGGCAAACUUAGUCCAGGCGGUGGUCGGAGCGUGCAAGGACGCGCUGCUGACAAAGGAGCCGCCUCUAGUUGCUUCAGUGCGGACCACCGUAGACCUAGAUUCCAGAAGGAGGGGUUCCUCCAACAUACCGCGUUUGUCGUCCCUCGACUCGAAAGUCUCCUCGGCCCGCACGUCGCACCGGAUGUCGGGUCGAUCCGGGGAGGCGGAGCCAGAGCAAGCCAGUCUUAGAACGCUUCCAAGCGUUAAGGAAGGCGCCGAGCGCUCGCAUGCGGCGGCGAACGGAGACUUGAAGCGGCACGAAGUGCUGCUUGUGGAUGACACUGCGGUGACGCAGAUGCUCGGCAAACAGGUUCUUUCGAGCGCAGGAUUUGCGGUUGAGGUUGCGGGGAACGGUCUCCAGGCGGUGGAGAAGUGGCGGGAGAAGGAGUACGAUGUCGUUCUCAUGGACAUCGAGAUGGAGAUCUUGAACGGGUAUGAGGCCGCGGAAAUGAUCAGGAAGGAGGAGAUCGUACGGGGCCGCCGACGAGUGCCGAUCAUCGCGCUCACGGCGCACGACAGCCUGGGUCCGCGAGGCUUCCUUAUGAACGACAAGCUGACUCGGCCAGUUUCCAAAGCGCUCAUGGUAGAGACCGUGAAGACCUGGGCGCGCGGUUUCCAGCUUGACCUACUCGGGGCCAAUCCUCUUCGUCAAAAGGUGCCGCUUCUCGAGAGGGACCAAUCGAGGCGAAAGACGCACAUCAACACCUUUCACAUUGAGAGGGCUUUGGGCAAGAUUCAGAGUCGAGCCAGCUUCGGCGAUUAUACGGCGUCCGACGACGAGGAUCCACCAUCUGUUCCGGGCUCGGAGACGGAGUUGCCUGUAUAUAAUAGGCCCGCGGCGCACAGUUUAGACGACAUUCGGCAGCCUCCAAGCCUGGAUGAUUUUGAAACAUUGGUCGACAGUAGAGCGGCCGACGCGCAAGCAUCGAGCGCGGCCAAUCGCGCAGCGCCUAUCUCGGAAGCGCGAGCAAUGGGAAACGGACCGGGGACCACCGAUAAAGGUGGGGAUAGACGGGGGAACGACAUUCGUCCUCAACGGGUCCACUUGUACGGUCCCUCCAAGUUCCGCGACGACCUCGAAGCUCUGCAGCUGCUCGAUCUGAGCCAACCAGGUCCGCCGGAAUCGGGGUCCGGCGGAUCUGGUCUUCCGGUGGUUAUCGAAUCAGACCCAGGCGAAUCGGUGUCCGCCAGGCCAAGCGCUGCGUCUUCGAUCCCAGACUCUAUCAGCCAGAGAAUAAGGGUCGCCGGAUCCGUCGGAUCAGUGGAUAGUCUGAGCGCGCGUUCCCGGCAGGCUUCUGAGCCGUCCGAAAAAGGUGGUGUCCGAAAACAUUCUCUGCCGGCAGCCGCGGGUGCUCCACGUGUUGCCGACGCCACAGUUGCAGCGGACACGAGAGACAAGAGCGACAGCAUGUCCAGUGUACGGAGCUCCGAAACGUCGUUCUCAAUGCCGGAGGAGGCCCAGGCGUACUACCAGACGGCUCAGGGGGACUACUCCUGGAAACUUGGAGAUUCGAAGUGGCCCGCCACGUUCAUGAUCGGGAUUUUGGCCGGGGGAAUGCUCGCAUACCCACUGCUUGACUACCUUGCAUCAGGAUACUACUCGCGGAACCAGACAUGCUGGGUCCUCCGCUGCUUUUUCACCGUCAUCUUGCUGGGAGUCGCAAUCUUCGGCACGCUUCCAGUCUUCACCCGCUGGAUGGCCAGGAACCCAUUCCGAGGGGAGGUCUGCCUUGCAGGGCUGAUGAUCUUCACGCUGGCCGGUCUCAUGACCAUCUGCUGGUUCGACGAGAAGCUCAGCCCUUUGAACCUCGACAUGUGGCUCAGCUGGUUCUACCUUUUGGUCUGCAUCAAUCUUUUCUGCCGCUUCGCCGUUUCCUCGGCGGCCUCGGUGAUCCUCAUGGUUGUGUACAUGGCUGGCUCGAUUCACCAACAGCAAGCAGGAUGCGUCCCCAAAGUUGCAGCGAAAUCGAGCGAGGGAUUGUACGUCAGCAACGAGAGCUUGCGCAGUAUCAUCUUCGGGUACUUCACGGUCGCCGCCUUUCUCAUCUGGCAGUGUUGCUCGUACCUCCUGGAAAGAAGCGCCAUCGGUGAGCAGUCCCUCACCGAGUCGGUGCGCGCCGCCCACGCGGCCGCGCGGCGCGCGCGACACGCGGAGGCCGCGAACGUCGCGACCACGGAGUUUUUGGCGACUCUCAACCACGAGAUUCGAACGCCCUUGGCGGGAAUCAUCGGGAUGGCGGAUCUGCUGAUGGACUCAAAGACGGAGCUAACAAAGAUGCAGGAGGAACUUCUGCACACGGUCCAGCAGUCUAGCAAUCAACUGAGCGCGUUGAUUGACCAAGUCCUGGAUUUGAAUCGUAUCGAAGACGGGCAUCUGGAUCUGAAGGAGUCCCGCCUGGACCUGCGGACGCACCUCGAGGAGACAGUGACGUCAAUGAGCCACGUGUGCUUCGCGAAGAACGUGGAGCUGUAUUUGGACGUCCGGCUAGAGCACACGCACUUCCGCGGCGACCCGGUCCGGCUGCGCCAGAUGCUGACCAACUUUCUGUCAAACGCCAUCAAGUUUACGGACAAGGGCGAGAUCAAAGUGUCCAUCGAAACGGUAGUGGAGGACGACGGGGAAGCGCAGCUGAAAGUCUCGUGUACAGAUACAGGUCGGGGCGUGUCACAAGAGCAGGUGGAGCGGCUCUUCGUGCGCUUCAAGCAGGCGUCAAACAUCGACCUGAGCGACAUCCGCUUGCAGCGGCGCGGCCAAAAAGGGACUGGUCUGGGUCUCUCCAUCGUCAAAAUGCUCGCGGAAAGGAUGGGCGGAAACUGCGGCAUGAACAGCAAACCCGGGGAAGGCAGCCAGACCUGGUUCACGGUCAAGCUGGCGAAGGCCCCGGACGAUGCCCCGAGAGGGGGGGUGAUCCUGAGGCGCAAUCAUCCCCCCUGCAAAGUGUUGGUCAGCCACCGGUUGUCGUCAGUCGGGCUGGUGCUGUGCCGCUACCUCGCUGAGUGGGGCUACGAUGCGACGCUGGUGACGUCGGCUGGCGACGUCAUUGCGCUAUUUGAGGGGGGGUCCGACAAGGGGGUCCCGCCGGGGGGGGGCGACGAAGCGGUCUCCCCGGGGGGGAGCCAACCGGCGAAAGCCGCGCCAUUCAGGGUGAUCGUCCUAGACGGGUCACUGCUGGCGUCCGGGGGACACGUGCUGACGGAGCAUCUGGUCAGCAGCAAAGUGGGGGUGGUAUUGAUGACUAACCCGGGGAUCACCCGGUUGGAACCGGAGGUGGAGCUCCUGGACCCGAUCAUCUGCAGGAAGCCCGUGCGGUACGUACCGUUCUUCGAGGCGGUGGGUGCCGCCCAUAAGCAGGCGGCACCGGUUGCCGCGGGCGGUCCCAAACCCGUCCUCGACCGAUCCGCCAGCACUUCGUGGGCGAUGUUCGGUGCGACCGGCAUCAACUUCGGGGGCCUAGUUGCGGCCGCGGACGUGACCCCCCGGGCCGAAGACUCAGAGCCGGGGGGAGUGCCCGGUCAGGAAGACCACCUGCCUGACCCAGAGGUCGUCAAUUUCUCCGCGCCACCUCAGUCCGCCCCGUCCGUUCCGGAGCGGAACGAAGGCGCGGAUCAACUACCGGGCUCAGUCCCGGACUAUGCUUCUCCUCCCGGGGGGGCGGUUCAGAGUGACGGCGAGGCCCCCCCGGAGCGGCGGCGGUACGUACUGGUGGUGGAGGACCAUAUGGUGAACCAGCGGAUCGUGUGCAGCAUCCUGAAGAAGUUGGAUGCUGACCUGGAGGUGGCGAACAACGGGCUCGAAGCGGUAGCGGCCGCGGAGAAGGGGGCGUAUGACGUCAUCCUCAUGGACUGCCAGAUGCCGGUAAUGGACGGCUUUGAGGCCACGCAGCGAAUCCGCGAGCGCGAGGAACAGACGGGCGGCGCGCACGUGUGCAUCAUCGCGCUUACGGCGAUGGCGAUGCCCGGCGACCGGGAGAGGUGCCUCAACGCGGGCAUGGAUGACUACAUGACGAAGCCCGUUAAGAAAGACGCAGUGCAGGCGAUGCUGGCGACUUGGACAUCUGGACGAAGGUAA